GCUUGCAGAUUCAACCCUGCUGUUCAUUCUUCCCUGGAGAGCUCUGCUAUAAACAGAAAAGACUGGCAUGACUUGCAGGUUUUUUGCCUGGGUCGUUACUUCACAUCUCUUGACCAGCACUUGACAUGGAUGAUUUCAUCUUGCCAGCUCCCUUACCCUUCAGGUCCAGGGAAAUAUUCAGUCAUUUGUCAUCCCUACCAAAUCUGGGAGUAUUCGUGGAUCCCGAUGUAGCCACCUCUGCUUUGUGGCUACUGCCCUCUUUAAGUUUACAGGUUGGCACAUGACAUUGAACAAGAGCUGCCAAGGCAUGGGACCUCAGAGAAGGGACAGAUGCCACUCUUCAGAUGCAGUACUUCCUUUGGCUGAGUCCUUUUGACUUUAUCAUGUUGUGUACAGGCAGUUUGGAGCAUGUGAACAUACCCUGAGCCUUGAUGAGUUCCAGUAUGUGGUAUAUUAUGCAGAGCAUUCAGAGCAAAUACUCUCUCUCAGAGCGCUUAAUCCGAACAAUCGCUGCCAUUCGUUCCUUCCCACAUGAUAAUGUAGAGGACCUCAUCAGAGGGGGAGCAGAUGUGAACUGCACCCAUGGCACACUGAAGCCCUUGCACUGUGCCUGCAUGGUGUCCGAUGCUGACUGUGUGGAGUUACUCCUGGAAAAAGGAGCUGAGGUGAAUGCCCUGGAUGGUUACAACCGAACAGCCCUCCACUAUGCAGCUGAGAAGGAUGAGGCUUGUGUGGAGGUCCUACUGGAGUAUGGUGCAAACCCCAAUGCACUGGAUGGCAACCGAGACACCCCACUUCACUGGGCAGCCUUUAAGAACAAUGCUGAAUGUGUGCGGGCCCUUCUAGAGAGUGGGGCCUCUGUCAAUGCUCUGGAUUACAACAAUGACACCCCACUCAGCUGGGCUGCCAUGAAGGGCAAUCUUGAGAGCGUCAGCAUCCUUCUUGAUUAUGGUGCAGAGGUCAGAGUCAUCAACCUAAAAGGUCAGACACCCAUCUCCCGCCUGGUGGCUCUACUAGUCAGGGGACUUGGAACUGAGAAAGAGGACUCUUGCUUUGAGCUCCUCCACAGAGCUGUUGGACACUUUGAAUUAAGGAAAAAUGGCACCAUGCCACGAGAAGUGGCCAGAGACCAGCAACUAUGUGAAAAACUGACUGUUCUGUGCUCAGCUCCAGGAACUCUAAAAACACUGUCUCGCUAUGCUGUGCGCCGCAGCCUGGGACUGCAAUAUCUGCCCGAUGCAGUGAAGGGUCUUCCACUGCCAGCUUCUCUGAAGGAAUACCUGCUGCUUGUAGAAUAGCCUGGAGCCUGGAGACGUUUGCACCAUCACGCAGGCAACUCUGGGUGAGGUUUCCCUCUCACUACUGUCUCUUUGUCUUGGAAAACAGGAAAAGCAGCUGUUCCUGUUGUGUGGUCUAUAUUUUGAGGCAACAUGUCACAACAGUAACCUCCACACCAUCUCCUCUCCCCAAACCAAGCAACCGAACAACAACAAAAUCUCUCACUUUUGUUUUCUGUUUACUUGGCUGUUUAUAUUGCACCCUGCAAAGAAGAGGUCUCCCCCUACUCCCCCCCUGCCCCCCCACCCCCACGCCAUUUAGGGAGUAAGUCAACAGUGCAACCUACAUUUCUCUAGGAAGAUGACAAGUACAUAGUACUUAAAGAAUGUGUUUGGUUUUCCUUUGGGGACAUAUUAAUAUUUCGGAAUAAUCCUCUGGAAGCAUUGUAACUGAUCUGUGAAGAAGUUUAAGAAAAUUCCAGCUAACAUUGUGGCCCAAAGAUGAAGGUACUACAGCCUCAAAUAGUGUGCAGAUUGAGAAUUGGGCUGGGUGGUAUCCCUAGAGUGCCACAUCAUGGGGCAUUCAGAAGGGACUGGCCCCCUUUCUCACCAUCAAAAGAAACAGCAGUCUUUGCCUCUUUUCCUUGCUUGUACCCAAGGAUUACAAUUCAGCAAUAUUAUUUCAGAAAGAUUGUCUUGCUGCUUUCCACAUAGGAGAGCAGGUUCUAAGCAGCCCUAAGAACUCUCUUCUAAUGCACCUCUUUCUCUUCCUGAAAGCCAGUUUGCUCUAAUGGCUUAACAGGCAUUUUCUGCACCAUAGACAAGGUGUUUGCUCUAGUGGAGAGGAGUUAGGCUACCUUUUCCGGUGGGUCUUCCUCAUUCCCUGUAUGAAACUCACUCUGCUAAAGGCUUGGAGUUAUUUUUCUUUCAGUUGUUUUGGAAAAUUUGCUCUUUACUGAUCUAUACAAGACAUUGGUGGAAGGGAUGGAGUUGGGGGCUGGGGGAAGGCAUUGUGAGAGCUUCUUUAGAGAUCUUCCACCUACCCAAAAAAGAUCUGUUUUAGUGAACAAUAACUUAGUCAACAGUACUCCUUUUCAUGUUCCUAAACUAGAUCAAGUUGUUAUUGAUCUUAAAUGACCUGUAUGCAAAAUUGAAAACCCUUUAAAAAAGAAACAUUUGGGAACUACAAAUAAAAAUGAACAAUCUGCUGACACAGCUAAUUUGAAAAAGUAUAUCUGCUUUUGCCCUUGCCCUUUUGUUA